CGCCACUGAGCACAGAGACCAGACGGCGGUGCGGUGACAUCAGGGCGAGUCUGAGCUCUCGGCUGCAGCUGGGUAGAGAUGGCGUCCCUUCUGCAGCCAAACAGGGUCGUCUAUCUAGUCUGCGGGGAGAAAAAGAUCAGAUCCCCCUUAUCUCAACUUUAUUUCUGUCGCUACUGUAGUGAGCUGAGAUCCCUGGAAUGUGUGUCUCACGAGGUGGACUCUCACUACUGCCCAAGCUGCCUGGAGAACAUGCCUUCAGCAGAGGCAAAGCUUAAAAAGAACAGGUGCGCCAACUGUUUUGACUGCCCAUGUUGCAUGCACACUCUGUCAACUCGGGCCACCAACAUCCCAGCUCCUCUGCCCGAUGAUCCCACCAAGACGGCCAUGAAGAAGGCCUACUACCUGGCCUGUGGCUUCUGCCGCUGGACCUCCAGGGACGUGGGCAUGGCUGACAAAUCUGUUGCCAGCGGAGGAUGGCAGGAACCUGAGAACCCUCACACUCAGCGGAUUAAUAAACUGAUAGAGUAUUACCAGCAGCUGGCCCAGCGAGAGAGGCAGGAGCGAGACAGGAAGAAGCUGGCCAGGAAGCGACAGUGCAUGCCUCUGGCGUUCUCGCAACACACUAUUCAUGUGGUGGAGAAGUAUGGCCUUGGAACCAGACUGCAGAGGCAGAGGUCUGGAGCUCCAAUAUCAAGCCUGGCUGGCCUCUCCCUUAAAGAGGGUGAGGACCAGAAGGAGAUCAACAUCGAGCCUGCUCAGGCGCUUGAUGAGGUGGAGCCAUUGCCUGAAGAUUGUUACACCAGACCCAUCAGCCUACCAGAGGUGACCACGCUGCGCCAGCGGCUCCUGCAGCCUGACUUCCAGCCUGCAGGGGCGUCGCAGCUCCACCCCAAACACAAGCACCUCCUGAUGAAGCGCUCAUUGCGCUGCAGGAAAUGUGAGCACAAUCUGAGCAAGCCAGAAUUCAAUCCGACAUCAAUAAAGUUCAAAAUUCAGCUGGUGGCUGUGAGUUAUAUCCCUGAAGUGAGAAUUAUGUCCAUUCCAAAUCUCCGGUACAUGAAGGAGAGCCAAGUGCUGCUGACCCUGACCAACCCCGUGGAGACCAUCACCCACGUCACACUGGUCGCCUGUGAGGAAGGAGACUCAGAUGAUAUCAACAGCACUGCCAAGGUAAUUGUACCGACCAAGGAGCUGGUCUUGGCAGGAAAGGAUGCUGCGGCAGAGUACGACGAGCUGGCUGAACCUCAGGACUUCCAGGAUGAUCCAGAUGUUGUUGCCUUCAGGAAAUCCAACAAGAUUGGUUUCUUCAUCAAGGUGAUCCCUCAGAAAGAGGAAGACGAGGAUGUGACUGUGUCAUUUAAGAUCCGCCAUGACUUCCGCAACCUGGCAGCUCCCAUCAGGCCGAGCGAGGAGUCUGCUGAGGCCGUUCCAGAGGCCAUCUGGCUCACACACCAUGUUGAGCUGAGUCUGGGCCCACUCGCUAACUGAGAACAUGAACAAACAGGCACAGCGUCCUACAGCUGGGUUCUCUGAACUCGUUUCUUUGAGCCUUUUGAUUGAUUUAAAAUAGAAAAAAUGACUCCUGAUUCUGCUAAUUGAUAUUUAAGAAAAUCAUUCAAAAUGCUCCUGUUAUACAGCUGAUUUAGACUUUCUUUCUUUCUUUUUUUUAAGCUUAAGUUGCAUCCUUAGUUACAUGACAGUUAACAACACUAGCUGACACCAUGGCUGACUGCAAACCAACUGAGCAGCUCCCUAAAAUUUUACGCGGCUUCAUUAUUUAUGUUUCUAAAUGCAGUUUGUCAAACAUCAUAAGGAUGAUAAUGUCAAACAUAAUAAGAAUUUGCAUCAGCAUGGAUAGAGGAUGUAGCUGUUGCUGUCUCCCAGUCCAAAUAUUAUGCCUGAGCACAUCUGACAGCUUUGACGCCCAAUGCCAGCUAUCAGUGGAAAACUUUCCUACGUUUGAAGUUGUUAGCAAGUAAAUCACUAAGUAUUUAUUAGUUCAUUGUACUGGUGCAUAUUUUCUUAUUAAGCAACCUAAACCUUCCUGGCUCCUGGUCCGCCCUGAGCAUGUGAAGUACAGACACCGUUCACUGAGCAGUGGCGCGGUGUUGUAGUGUGUUUACAUAGCUUUUCUUCAACUGAGUCUCCUUUUGUGUGCAUUUUGAGUGCAUUAUUGUGGUAUUUUUUUCUUUUAAUCAUUUUGUGCAAAAUCAGUUGUGGAUUUUUACUUAAAUCGAUGGCCUUUAUUCAAAUACAAAAGCAAGCAGUUAUUCACUGUGUAUAGCAAAUACUAGCUCUAUUAAAGUAGUUUCUUUCAGUUCUGAAUACAACAACAAAAUGUGGAUUGCAAUAAACUGUAGAGCGUGAAUGAGGGGUGAAAUCAAUAAGCAGAAUCAGAAAUCAGAAUUGACCAAAUCCAAACCGCUCCUCCACCCCUCCCCGCCCCAGCUUCUAGCUUAUGCAUCAUUGCGUCAUUUUCAGGUGAUGAUAGUAUUUACUCGCAUGCUACAAGUAUAGUAAAUAUCACAGACUUUAGACAACUAACAGUUACUGUUGCUGUACUGUAUUCUUUCAAACAAACGUGUUCACCGGGCUGAGAUCAGAGGUCUGGCCCAAACCCUUAGGAUUGUUAUUUUGCUAUUGUUUAAAGUCACAGUUUAAGAUUUUAUUGGCAGUAUGGAAAGUAUGAAGUAAGGAGCUCUGUAAAUUAUAUUAAUUACAAGGUGAUCAUCAGUUUGAUGUAUUUAAACACUAUCAUCUACUCUAUUGAAAAAGUAAAUAAAGUGUUCUGACGGCUUGAAGAAUCCCCUGAACUUCUCUGUCCGUGGGAAUCAUACGCCGCUGUCAUCUUUUUGGUCUGUGUGCGUGUGUGUGUGUGUGUGUGUGUGUGUAAACUUUGGAUUUCGUUCCUUGCUUUGUAGUAAGACAGAACCUUACAACACAGUUAAUCUUCUGUACUGGCUAAUAAAAUAAUGUGAUACUGUAA